AUGGCGUACGAGUACCUAAUGAAGUUCAUAAUAGUGGGCGAAACGGGAGUAGGAAAAACCUGCAUUAUGAACCAGUUCACAGAGAAGCGGUUCGAUCCGGUUUACGACGUCACAAUCGGAGCCGGAUACGGGUCCAGAAUAAUCACCGUCCACAAGAAGCAAAUCAAGCUUCAAAUAUGGGAUACGGCGGGACAGGAGAAGUUCCGGUCAAUUACGAGGGCGUAUUACAGAGACGCCGCGGGAGCUUUGCUUGUUUACGAUGUGACUAAAAGGCACACUUUCGAGCGGCUGUCGAGUUGGCUGGAAGAUAUAUGGUAA